CCCGCCCCCGCCGGUGUCAUGCAAUGGCAGCGCUGGUGAAACGCUUAACUGCGCGGUGUCUGCCUCCGCUAUCGCUCCGCUAACUGGCUGCGUACAUUAAAGGUGACGUGUACGCCAUUCUCCGCGCGUCGGAAUAAAAAAGUACGCGAUUUAUCCCUCGUAAUCAUAGGAGCUCGAGCCAGCAGAAUGGCAGGCGCGGCGGGUGGCGGCAGCAGGGGCUGCGUGACGCUCCGCGGCUCUCAGUUCCGGGACCUGCUGGACGCGAAGCACAACGUGCUGUUCGACUGCGACGGCGUCAUCUGGAACGGCGAGACGGCCGUGACCGGAGCUCCGGAGGUGGUCUGCCUACUCAAGCAGCGGGGCAAACGCGUGUUCUUCGUCACCAACAACUGCACCAGGCCCCGCGAGAGCUACGUGCAGAAGUUCAGCCGCCUGGGCUUCACGGACGUGGCCGAGGAGGAGAUCUUCAGCUCCGCGUACUGCUCCGCCGCGUACCUGCGGGACGUGGCGAAGGUCCAGGGGAAGGUCUAUGUGAUCGGGUGCAGCGGGGUGGUGAGGGAGCUGCAGGAUGCUGGGGUGCACGUCGUCGAGGAGGUCGGGGACGACGAACCGGGUACCAACAUCUCCAACUGUCCACUGGAUCCGGACGUCAAGGCUGUGCUGGUGGGCUACGAUGAGAAUUUUACCUUCAUGAAACUGGCCAAAGCCUGCUGCUACCUGAAGAACUCUGAAUGCCUGUUUUUGGCCACUGACCCGGACCCGUGGCACCCGCUGAGGGGGGGGAGAAUCACUCCAGAAAUCCGCCGGAGCUCUAUUCAGCAAUGUUCCGUACGUCAGCGAUGUUUUCUUUUUAAACGUGGCCAACUUCCAUUCUCUGCAGGUUCUGGCAGUCUCACGGCAGCUUUGGAAACCGCUAGCAGCAGGAAGGCGACGGUCAUCGGCAAGCCCGGCCGCUUCAUGUUUGAGUGCAUAGCGAGCCAGUUCGACCUGGACCCCGCUCGCUCGCUGAUGGUAGGCGACCGUUUAGAGACGGACAUUCUCUUUGGCAGCAACUGUGGUCUGUCCACCAUGCUCACCCUCACCGGCGUCUCCACCAUGGAGGAGGCACAGAAGUAUAAAGACAGCGAGUCACCCGAGCACAAGGGCUGUGUACCAGAUUACGUGGUCGAGUCCAUCGCUGAUUUCCUGGAGGCUCUGGAGGAGUAGCCGCUCUAGGUUGGGGGGCGGGGGGGCAUUCAUUGCUGUAUUUCCAGUUUCAAUCCCAAUGCUGUUUCUUAAGAUGUACAGUAUGGUUUAAGUGUCGCUGUAACCCUCGCGUGAAUCUCAUGAAAUCUGAUGGCAUGGAUGUAAUUUGUCGUGUUUGACACACAAAAUGCCUCAUCGAACGCCGGACGCUCACCUUAAAUGUUCUGGGGCAGUUGUGUAUGCUUUUAGAGCAGUCCUGCCUACAUGAUGUUAUCAGUGCUGGUUAGUUGUUUCAGUUUAACGUUAAAAAGACGUAAAAAAAAAAGACGUUAAAAGGGUCGAUUUUGUGAAUAACACGCUUUUAGAUUUCAAACACUGAUGCUUUACCACCCGGUUUGUUUCGUUUGGCAAGGGGGAACAUUCAGUGUAAGUUAUCGGACCAAUACACGGUAAACGGAGAGCAACCUCCUCACGUUUUAUUCAGUAACAAUAGUCUAUUCUGAGGUUUCAUUAACAGCACAAUCGGUCAGAAGACAAUCACAUGUUUUGCCAUGAUGGUGGCAUGUUAACAGUUAAUCGAUGUUGAACUUUACAUUGUUAACAUUUCUGUCCGCGCUGGUGAUAGUUGUGUCCGGUUAUGAUGCACUGUGCUUGUCUCAAUUUGUACUCUAAGUUUCGAGCAGUAGUCUAGUCAAGUCAAUUGUAGAGGUUAGAAGAUUUUGGUGCCAAUUUUGCAUUUAUAUUUAUAUUAUUUAAUUUAAUUUAUUAAUUAAUUUAAUAAGUGGCGUUUCAUAUGGGAAGAUAUAGAAUUCUUAUUUUUAUUGCCUACUUGGGUUUCAGCUGCCAAGUUUUUGAUUUGAACAAGUGAUGUUCAUUUUUCUGUUUAAGAUGGCAAGUAAAAUUUUGACUCGUUAAUGCAGUUCAGGUGAAAGUCGAACACCAAUCGUCCAGUGGUUCAGCUCCGCGUCUUCAAAUAAAACUCAAAGCACAGUGUUUAUAAAACCUCGGUGUGUAAUAUAGAACUUCUGCAGUCGAACUAAUGUGCCAAAAACUCCCAUUGAAUGUGAUCUUGCAUGAACAAUAGCUACAUUGAAUUGUGUGUUAAAAGGCCUGCAUUUAUUAUAGUUAAAGCUGUCCAUUAUGAACCGAACCAUUUUUUAAAACUUGGAUCCUGAGUGAUUAGUAGUCAAUUGUUCAUUGUCUUUAACCAUUGUGUCGUCUGAAAAGAUUUAAAAGAGAAAGAGAAUAUAAAUAAAAGGGACGCCCAACAUCUGUAAAUGCAAAUGUUAUAUGUGUACUGUGAAAUGGUUUGACAUUAGGCACUCUGUGUGUGGUGUAAUUUCAUUUUUUAAUAAAAAAACGUCUGGUA